AUGGAGUGCUAUAUGAGGUUUGCCGGCAACGCGGAUGAUAUGAAGGCGGACCUGCUGCAACCGCACUUAACGAACGAGGAGCUCCACCAGCUUCUGCUUGAGAGCAUCGGGCACUGGAAUGUUCAAGAGGCGAAGUAUCGCCCGAACAAAGCACAUUCAUCGGGUCGUUGGAAAGGGUUUGCUAGGUUUUGGACGUUCCUACGACUGAUCCACACAUCCUUGCAAGCGUUGAAGGCUUCAUCGGUGGAUGUCGAAGAUGGCGACCAAGACCUGCAAGACCCUCCAGAAGAGGCUGCUGGUGGUGGACUUAGCGGCCCUAAGGACCUUCUGCAGAAGCUCAGGGCUAUGCAGCAAAAGAAGCCAGUGAUGGACGUUGUCUGCAGCGUUUUGCAAGAUGACCAAAUCCGAAAGCUUGGCUGGUUGAUCUGGUCGUCGCGAAUUGUAUUGCAGCGAUCUUACCAAACACUGCUUGAGCAGCUCUCCUCGAAUGAGAAUGCGGCACGAGACCUCCAGAUUAACUGGGCCAACAGGCACUGGGCUGCUGAGAUCGGCAACAUUUUCCUUAUGCUGGGCAACGAAGAAAUCCUCCAUCGCUUGGGGUUGCUUGCUGGUGCAGAUGAUGUUGCUGAGACCAACCGCAUGGCCAAAAUGCUGGGUGAGAUCCUUGUCAGGACAGCCAGCCAGCGUUGCUGGACAAUGGCUAGCUGGUCUGAACUACCUCCUUUGAACUGGUCCUCAGUCUUGUCCCAAGACCCUGAGGAGGCAAGAGCCGGCUUGGAUCGGAUUCGUGGAGACCAAGAAUCGGUUGAAGCUGCAUGGUCCUACCUGAAUUCUGCAGAUUUUCAUGAAGAAUCGCAGGGCUUAAAGUUUGCCUUCGACAACUUGUGGGUCCACCGCUUGACGUUGGUGCAAGACCUACUCGAGGACGUGUUUGCAGACAUUGCAGACCAUGAAGAGCGAGACAAGAAAUCAUCCACUCCCAUGAUGCCCGAGACAGUUUUCUUCUAUAACACCAUGUCAGAAAGGCUUGGCAACGUCCCUUUUCUGCAGAUUCAGGCCGGCGACUUCACUUCCGCGGCUGCUCGCAAGUUUUCAGCUGGCCGGGGAGAGACGUUCGGAGAAAAGUUCAAGAUCAAGAACGCCGUUACUGAGAAAAUGAAGGAGUGUUGCAAGCAUCGUGAUUCGAGCAGCGCUGUGAAGCCAAGUGGCCAAGCAGCUGACUUUCGCUCAAUUGUCGCUAUGCUUGCCCUUCGUGAGCUUGGCCCAUCUCGUUUCCAUGGGAUUGGGGGGUGUUGGGUUGGAUGCCUACUACAAGAAGGCAUGGUCUACCGGCACCUGUCCAGCAAGAAGGUUUACCUUUCCCUGAGGUUUCAGCAUCAAGCCCUAUUCGGAUGGGAGCUUGAAGAGCUGGAGGAUGAGACCAAUGGGACUUUCUUCUUCCUUGCCGAGUCACGCAUGACCGUGCAACAGUUUAUCGGCAAGUUGGAGCCAAUAGUUGCGCAUGAGCUUGGGCAGGGGAAAGAAGCUUUUGCAGGCGUUCCAUGUCCUCCAUGCACCAGGACCUGCCGUGAGCAGGAUGGGGUGGUGCUGCGAAAGGAUGGGGACGAGUCUCUUUUGCUCCCUUUCUGGUUGCGCUAUGGGGUGUUGAAUCCCACCAUCAAGGCGCACUUGCCAAAGCUCAUCUUUGCUUCUGGUGCGCCACUCUUGAAAUACAAUGAGAAGACCGUGGGCGUCAAAAGCAGGAUGUCCUUGAUCAAACACAGCUUCCCGGAUAUGGAUGAGGUGCGUCAAGCGGAGGUUCUGGAUCGUUUGUUGCAGUCAGACGCCACAAUCAAAUCCAAACUCAUCCGGCCAGACUCUCUCAAAGACGUGCUGGUAGAAAUGGAUGGGACCACCGACGGAAAAUUGUUCACUGACAUGAAAGAUAUGCUAGACCAAGAAGAUCGAGAAACAUUUAUCUUGACGCGCUUUGCAGCCCCACGGGCUGCCGCAGAAGCUGCUACUCCAUGGUACAUAAAGAACUUGAGGCCUCCCAUGACCAAGUGCUACCUGACCUGGCAGGUUGCCACAAAGUCUUUCCAAGGCUACUACCCCAAAACUUUGGAUGAGAGCCAGCGAAAGAAUCCCAAAGUCAAGACACAUUGGUCAACAUCUCGGACAUUUGGAGAGAAAUGGACUACUGAGCAGGCACUCACGCAAGUCGUUCGUUUCCUGUGGGGAAAGCACAAGAAAGGUGGCCACGAAUGCUCUUCGGAACCCAACAAGCAGAAAAUUUCGGAUGGUUUGGAAAAGGCAUCCAUGGUGCUGGAGGGGACGAUCGAGGAUUGCCAGCCAGAUGUUUUGGAGGACGCGCCUGAUGACAAGACUACUGAUGAGGUCAUGUCAAAGAAUGCAGAGGAGGUGCCGGAACGGGAAACAUCGAAUGAAGGAAAUGGUGGCCAAGUCCAAGCCAUGUCUUCCAGCUCAAUUUCUGAGUCUGAUUCUUCGGGCGAUGGUGACCCUGACGGUGCAGCUGCCUCUUCUUCCAAAGCCAAAGGGAAAAGUCAGAAGUCAAAAGCAGAGCCCAAGAAGGGCGCUGCAGCAAAAGGAAAGGCUAAGGCCAAGAACAGACAGAAACAAACUCCAAAAAAUGAGCCUGCACCCAAGACAGGCGGAACCAAACGAAAAUUGCAGGAAUUAGAUACCAGCAGCGUUGUGAUCCCCAAUCACAUGAAGGUGAAGGCUGCCUUUGGGGAUAUCAAGCGAAAGCCAAAGUGA